ACAAAUUCGCGAAUCCAUCAAUGUGGUGGUGAAUGUGGGAUUCCGUGUGGGUUCGGUCGAGUCGCGAGUAAAUUGCGCCAGUGAAAACAUUUCGAUUAUUUUUUAUUACAGCAAGUGUCAGACAGUAUUAAACCAUGUCGCAGGCCUUGAAGAAAAUAUCAGUGCAGCUGUUACGGAAUAAUAACGUGGAUGCAAUCAACACCGGUCUCCGGGCAAGCAGCACAUGGUGGAGCAAUGUCCAGAUGGGCCCACCCGAUGUGAUCCUGGGCAUCACCGAGGCGUACAAAAGGGACACCGACCCCAACAAAGUGAAUCUCGGUGUGGGAGCCUACAGAGACGACGAGGGCAAACCUUUCAUCCUCCCCUCAGUCAGAAAGGCUGAAGAGAUCAUCCACAGUAAGAAGCUGAACCACGAGUAUGCCCCUAUCGGCGGUGAAGCCACAUACACCGACGCUGUUGCCAAGCUGGCCUUUGGUGAAGACAGCCCGGUCAUCAAGAACAAAUCGAAUUGCACUGUACAGACGCUCUCUGGCACCGGCGCCCUACGACUUGGCCUGGAGUUCAUCACGAAGCACUACGCCAAGGCCAAGGAGGUGUGGAUGCCGGCACCCACGUGGGGCAACCACCCUCAAAUCUGCAACACGCUGUCGCUCAAACACAACAAGUACCGCUACUUCGACUCCAAGACCAACGGCUUCGACCUGCAAGGAGCUUUAGAAGAUAUUCGCAAAAUCCCGGAAGGAUCGAUUAUCUUGCUCCACGCUUGCGCACACAACCCCACCGGAGUGGACCCAAAGAAGGAGGACUGGCAUCAACUGUCAGCGGCCAUCAAAGAGAGGAAGCUGUUCCCAUUCUUCGACAUGGCGUACCAGGGCUUUGCCACCGGUGACGUCGACAACGACGCCUACGCCCUACGUUACUUCGUGCAGGAGGGCCACCAAGUUAUGCUUGCACAGAGCUUCGCCAAGAAUAUGGGAUUAUACGGCGAGCGCGCGGGUGCCCUGACCUUCCUCUGCGGUGACGCCGAGUCGGCCGCCAAGGUCAUGUCGCAGGUCAAGAUCAUGGUGCGCACCAUGUACUCCAACCCGCCGUUGUACGGAUCCCGCAUCGUGCAGGAGAUCCUCGGCAACCCGGAGCUGAAGAAACAAUGGCUCGCCGACGUGAAGCAAAUGGCGGACCGUAUCAUCUCGAUGCGCAACCAGCUGCGCGCCGGCAUCGAAGGCGCCGGCAACAAGCAGCCGUGGAGCCACAUCACCGACCAGAUCGGCAUGUUCUGCUUCACCGGACUCAAGCCUGAACAGGUGGAGAGGCUGACCAAAGACUUCCACAUCUACCUGACGAAAGACGGCCGCAUCUCCGUGGCCGGUAUAUCCUCAAAGAACGUCAACUACGUCGCCGAGGCCAUGCACAAGGUCACGUCCUAAGCACCGCUAGUGUAAGCCACGCUAUUCCACGAGAUUACGUACCUACAGAGCACAGUAUUUAAUGUAAUGUUCGAACAUUUCUGAACAAAUGUACAAAUACAUUUGGAGUAUUUAUAAAAAUCGUUUUAUGACAAUUUUAUCUUGAGCUAAAAUGUGAUUUUACUUUCGUAAUACAAUCAUGUCAUUUAUUAGCGUUAAAUAUAUACAGUUGAUUUUUGAAAUGCCAUUUUUAUUUUAAUGCCACGACAAAUUAAUCUACGAAUCCUUGUAAUUUAAUUUAGAAGUUAUUAAAGAGAAAGAGUUAUGAUUAAACUUUUUAUUGUUAAAAUAAGUAGAUAAAAUAAACUUGAUGCCAAAAACACAGAAAUUGUAUUAACAUGUUUGCAGUGAUUCUACGACUGAACUAUUUCUACGCAAAAUAUUUACAGCUGACAAACAAAUUAACUUCUUAUUCUACUUAAAAACUGAUGCAGGUCAAUCGUUAACAUUGCCUUAAAAAUUUAAACAAUAAUUUUAUACAUUAUACAAGAGUACAUAAAAAUCCUUUUAGGAUAUAUUGCUUACAAUUAAUGGGAACACAUUUCAUCCACAAUCCGAUUGCAUCGUGGUAACAAUCUUUAACAUAUUCACCUGCAUCAACAUCAAAAAUCGAUGUAAACCUAUAAACGUUUCACUAUGCUAAUAACUCAGUUUAUUGUAGGAUACACAUCCAAAAAUGCGCGUUUCAUACAAUUUAAUUUUAUUAUGUUACAAAAUAUACUAAUACAUUCUAUAGGUCGACAGGUGUCAAUGAUAUUUCAAUAAAAAUAGUAAUAAUUAUAUGUACAAAUUCUCAUAGAACAAACUACAUGGCACUAUUUCUUUAGAAUGCAAUACCAUUCCCUUUAAAGCAAGAAAUAUGUACCAUUUUACACACACUCUUUAGUCCCCAACAAACCAGACGCGUUCAAACCGUUCUGUACCUUUACUUUGAAGAUAAUUCUUGGAGGGAUCUUGAAUGACAAUGCGACUAAAUUUUCAGUCUAAUACUAAUUACGGAUUUAUUAAUGAGAUUUUAGAUACAUAAUGUUAAUAGCUGGCCAUAUAGUUAUUUUGAGGGUUACACCUAUUUGGAAAUACUACACUGAUUCUCAAAACUCGCAAGUAGAAUGCUGCUUAGAUUUUGUAUGGACAUAGAUUCUGAUUGAUAAGUCAAUAAAAUGUAUAUUGUGUCGACGCGGGCAAAGGGUUAUUUAAUAUUGUGCAGUAUUUACCAUCUUUUUUGCGGUUUGUCAAAAUACGAAUAGUAGGGGUAUUAGGUAAUGUAAUAUCAAAUUGGAUUCUCAUUAGCAUGCCCCUAAAUGGACACGUUUAAAACAUGUAUUGCACAAAGAGUUGAAAGACACCACCCAAACAGUAACAGGCACCACUUAUUACGAUUUCCGAAGAAGGAUCUUAAAAUAUUCACAACCGUUUUGGUCAAGAUUUCGGUGCUCUUUCACGUUUGAGUGGUGUAGUUUGAGACCAAAGUGUAAGGAAUCGACAGCACAUCAGACAAUGAAUGUUUGUUGUAAAGUAGCUUUUAUUACAAUGACAUAAGUUCUUUCAGAAUUUAGCUUGAUAUGCUGUCGCCUGGAUACUGUCCGGUCUUAAGUGAGCCUGCAUAUAGCCGUUAUAAGCAUAAACUACACUUAGUGAUGUAUGUGUCUUACA